AUAAUCCUCUUGCAAUUUGCUGUUCUCGCGAUAGUUUUAACAAUGGUGAAAGAAGCCACAAGCAUUCCCAUUUGCAACAUCGACACAAACGACUUGGAGAAAUGCCGUGCAGCCGUCACUGGAAACAACCCUCCAGCUCCUGGACCGGACUGCUGCGCAGUGGCCAGAUCCGCUAAUCUACAAUGCCUUUGCCCGUACAAGCCUUAUCUCUCCA